GAUGUCAAAAGCGAGUUGGGUAAGCAGGCAGCUCCCGCACUCACCUUGACCAUACGGUGCGGGUCAAGAUUCCGACAAGCCGGUUACAAAGUAUCUCACGGCUAUGAACAUAAUGAAAACCCACUCGAUACAUUCACCUUAAGUUUAACCAAUAGGCAAUAACGAAUAUGUACUCACAGGAUUUAACUACUUUUUCUUUUUUUAAUUUAUUUUUUGUAAAAAUGAAUCAUAUAUAUAUAUAUAGAUCUGUUCUUAUGCUGUAGGAACUGUAUGUGUAAAUUAAGAUGUGCGGAGGCUUUUUAUGGUUUAUUGUAUUUUUAUAAGUGAGAACCUGUAAUUGGCUCUGUAAUUCUAUUGGAAGUUCUAGAUAUAUAUAGCGCUGUUGGUUUUCCAUAUACUAAAAUAAAAUAAAAUAAAAUAAAAAAAAAUAAAAAUAAAAUAACGAUUUAAAAGUCUUAUAUGGUUUAAAAUAAUUUACUUGCAGGUGUAGAUAUCAGACUAACAUUUGUAUGUAACUAAGAAAAGUGGAAAAAUAAAAAAAUCGAUACAUGAAAACUCGUGAAAUAGUCGCGGGACAUAACAAUCUAGUUGAUUGCUUCGCAAUCAAAUUAUUGUCGUUGCUAGUUAGUGAGUUUGUUGUGGCCUAGAAGAGUUGAGCCGUCAAAAUGUAUCUAACUUAGUGAGCCGCGCGGGUAUCCGGGCCGUCACCGCCGUAAUGCACCGGACGUAGGCAAUGUUUCAGUACUUUCAGUUCCGACGCUCCAGUCCGCCGGCGGGAGCGCACGGGACGGCCGCGCGACCCUUCUCGUCUCCCGGCCGCGACCGCCUCCGAACGUGAAGCCGAAUCAAAUAUUUACACAGCCCUAAAACCGCUAAUAAAAUUUCAUCGCGCCACUUUACCUUCUCUUCACUCCCAUUCAAAAAUAUGAUUUUACAAUAAAGUUGCAGCUCCGUGUUUUGCAGUUACCGUGACUGCAAUGGCACGAACGACAAGAGACCCUCUCGGGCUGCUGACGCCGCUCGGCAGCAGUACAACCACUGCGACAGCGGUGCCCACCGCCGCCACUGUCACAGUUGCCAAGCAAAGUGCCAACAACAAACGGCCUACGCCUAUCAUCAUCUAUCCCACCGUGACUCCGGAAUCAAUAGUGGUGCCGAUUGUGUCAUGCAUAUUCGGUUUUCCAUUGCUGGCAUUGACCGUUAUAUGUUGCCUUCGAAGAAGAGCGAAACUUGCUAGAGAACGAGCUCGACGCCGAAACUGCGACUUGGAUCGCGGCGAGCUAUCCGUGGUGCGCCUGUCACCGGUAAAAGCGCGGGCGCGCGCGGUCAGUCUGGCGCGCGCCUCGCGCCCGCUGCCGUCCCUCGAGCUGGACACCGUGCUAGAGGAGCGCUCCGACCCCGAGCAGACGACGCUGUCGCAAGUGGAGAUGACUCCAGACCGUGAAGUGGGCGCGAUUUUAUUCGGCGCGGUGGGCGCAAUGGGCACGGCGGCGGCGACGGCUGCGGCGUGUGCGCGCGACAGCUAGCGCCGAGGCUCGGCGCAGCUCGGCGCGCGCUCGCCGCUCUGGGCCGCGCUGACCAGCCAGCCGCUGGACGCCGACGACCCCGACCCCGAUGACCCGGACGCGGACGACCCCGAGCUGGAGAUUGAUGAGCCCAGCUAGCAACUGGACGAGCGCUCGGUGGCUGACAUCGGCGAGCAUAUCAAACUCUUCCUGGACAUUCCCCUUAGAUUUUAGCGAAUAUCAGCCGCAUAUCCGCAGCCUGUGAAGUGUCAAUGUUAGUGUAAACUAGAGCUUUCUUAGUCGGGCCGUUAUACUCCUCACUUGCAGAGAACUCCGCUUUGCAUAAUCUAAGUGUGAAUUUAAGACCUGCCACAACUAAUCUCAGUUAUUGCUUCAAAACAGAAGGGAGUACUCGGUUAGCGAUGGAAAUAUAAGCCCAACUAUAAUCUAUGUAGUUCAAUAAGCUUUAAUCUAGUCCGACGCUUACGUUCUUGCCAUCCAUAAAAGUUGGUCCUUUACUUUUCUCGGGUCGUACUACUCGUACUUAAACUUUGUAAUAUCGGCACGGUCCAAUUUGUUAGAGGUCGUUAGUUAAUAUGAACAUUACGUAUUUAAAUUUGUUAUUCGCUAGAUUUGCCUAUAUAGUUCAGGUUUGAAUUCCUAAUGCACACGUAUAAUAUUAUAUAUGCGACACAAUCAUAAUUAUGUAUUUAAAAAAAAUAGCUAUUUAAGAAAUUGGUUAGUUGUUUUAAAUUGUCGAAAGUUUAUUACAUAAUCUGCAGUUAUAGUACCUAUAUAAAUGUACAGUAGGUUCGAUAAUUCAAAAUAAGGAAAUGUUUUAUAGUAGAAGUCCCAAGACCAACUAUAAACUUAUGAGAUGAGCUGUUAAAAUUAACUAGUUUCCCAUGUUUGUAACUAAUCUUAGCAUAAACUUUAUUAAAACUGUUUACUUAUGUGGCGCGUACCACCACACAAAGUUUGAGGUACUUAGUAUUUUAGCGUGGAAAUAUUCGUACUUUAUAUUUUGAAUGUACUUAUUAAUGAACUACUAAAAUUAAUUAAUUAAAUUGAUUAGAUAUUAGCCCAUUACUUAUUAUAGUCCUUGUAUACAACAAAUUUAUACAAUACCAAAGCAGAGAAAAUCAAAACAA